CACGCACACCCACGCGCCUCUGCUCCCUCCCUUCCCCUACUUCUCUUUCACUUUCUCUCUCUAUAUUAUUCUAUCCAUUUCAUCAACUCCUGGGGAACCUCGCACCUGCUUGUCUCUGUCCCUUCAACGGUUCAACCUCCUUUUCUCUGCACUCGAUCCUCUCCUCCAGUUGUCUCUCUCCGCUCUUUCUAUUUAUUUUUUUUCCUCUCAUCUCGUUCUUUAAAAAAUCUCAAUAAACCAAAAAAAACUCUCUUUAAAAUAUGAUUGCCCACGCUUUUCCCACUUUUUUAAAUUAAAAAAAAGCUCUCCUAUUUUUUUUUAAUCAUAUUAUUGUUUUUCUUGGAUGAGGCCAUGGCUGGCCUGGAUCUAGGCACCGCCUCCAGAUUCGUCCACCAGCUCCACCACCGCCCAGACCUCCACCUCCAGCAGCGCCACAACUCCGACUCUGAUGACGACCACCGCAACAACGACGGCGACGGCAACGGCCAAUUCGCCGGCGCCGCGGACCGAGACGGCUCGUCGUCGGCCCAGCAGGGCCUCGAUCUCGUCGCGGCGUGCGCGGGGACAGGCGACGUGGUGGGAAGGCGCCCCCGGGGUCGCCCCCCAGGGUCCAAGAACAAGCCCAAGCCACCCGUGAUCAUCACCAGGGAGAGCGCCAAUUCACUGCGGGCCCACAUCCUCGAGGUCGGUGGUGGUUGCGACGUCUUCGACUGCGUCGCCACGUACGCCCGCCGUCGCCAGCGGGGCAUCUGCGUCCUCAGCGGCAGCGGUACCGUCACCAACGUCAGCCUCCGCCAGCCCUCCGCCACCGGAACCGUCGUCACCCUCCACGGCCGCUUCGAGAUUCUCUCCCUCUCCGGCUCGUUCCUCCCACCCCCCGCUCCGCCAGGGGCCACCAGCCUUACCAUCUUCCUCGCCGGAGGACAAGGGCAGGUGGUCGGCGGGAACGUCGUCGGUGCCCUCUUCGCCGCAGGCCCGGUGAUUGUCAUCGCCGCCUCGUACAACGUCGCGUAUGAGCGGCUCCCGCUCGAGGAGGAGGAGCCGCCACUGCCGAUGCAGCCACCUGCGUCCCUGGGGCAGGGCGGCAACGGUGGGAGCUGCGGCGGCGGCGCCGGCGGUGGGGGGAACCCGUUCCCUGACCCCUCCUCCGGGCUGCCCUUCUUCAAUUUGCCGCUCACGAUGAACAACUGCCAGUUGCCGGUGGACGGGCACGGGUGGACCGGGGGUGUGGCUAGCCGGGCCCCUUACUGAUGGUGGUGUAACUGUGAAUCAAGAAAUGAUCUAUUAGAGAUUUGAGGACGAGGGAGAUGACACCGGACAUCGGAUGGAUAUAUCAUAGGCUACUGCAAGAGGUUAGCAUGCAAUUUGACGAUAUUCAUGUACAAUUAGCUUCUUCUUUGUUCUGAUAUUUUGGUUUCUUGGGCUUUCUGUUUUUACCACUUCUUCUUCUAUGUCUCAUUUCUUCAGUUUGUUGUUGCUGCUGUUAUUUAUGGAAACUCUUUUUUCAUAAGCAAUAGGUUUGAGGCCACAGGUCUUGACACUUGUUUAUUACUA